CGCGUCUGGUGAUUUUACGAGGUCGGACGGGGCGUUUAAGCAAUAUAUAGAUCCCCAUUCCCCGCUAUCGAAACCAAGACACACUUUACAACAAACUAGGCAAAUACCACCAUGAAGGAAGCAUUCGUCAACAGCGACUACACCGUCUCGAUCAAGGACAGUCCCAUUCCCGUUCCAGGGCCUGGGCAAGUCCUAAUCCGCGUGGUAGUUACAGGCACCAACCCGAAGGACUGGAAGAUGGUGGGAUUCUUCCCGAAAGAUGGGUCCCCAUACAACCACGGUGACGAUAUGGCUGGAUAUAUUGAGGCCGUGGGCGAGGGAGUCGUUGGAUUGGCAAAGGGCGAUAGGGUCGCUGCAUUCCAUCAGGUUAUGAGGCCGCAUGGUACUUUUGCCGAGUUCGCGAUUGCACAGGAUUAUACCACGUUUCAUAUUCCUGGACAGACGAGCUUUGAAGAGGCGGCGACAAUCCCCUUAUGUGCUAUCACCGCUGCACUGGGUCUGUACCAGGACAUGAAACUCCCUCUGCCCUGGAACCCAGCUCGCGAAACACUUCCUUUAUUGAUAUACGGCGGCGCAACAGCAGUCGGCGCAUUCGCUAUAAAGUUCGCGCAGCUAUCAAACAUCCACCCCAUAAUUGCCGUCGCGGGAAGAGGCAUCCCCUACGUCAAAACCCUCCUCUCCCCAGAAAAGGGGGACAAAGUAAUCGACUACCGCGCCGGGGCCGAAGCCAUCCGCGCCCAGAUCAAGGCUGCUGCCAACGGCAGUCCAAUACACUAUGCAUUCGACGGUGUUUCAGAGCCUGAGUGCUUUGAGAAUAUCGGCGCUGUGAUUUCGGGCCCCGGCGCCAUGGCUGUUAUGUUUCCGCCGGGUGGUGACUUUACGCCACCGGAGGGAGUGAGUAUAAGUCAGCCGAUUGCUGGAUAUGUGCACUUCCCGCCCAGGAAAGGGAAUACCUUUGAUCAUGCGGAGUUUGGGGCUGCCUUCUUCCAGCUUAUGGGGAGGGGGUUGAAGCAAGGGUGGUUCCAGGGACAUCCGUUUGAGGUGCGACCUGGUGGGCUAGCCGGGCUUGAAGGGAUUUUAAAGGAUUUGAAGGAGGGGAAGGCCUCUGCUGUGAAGUAUGUGGUGAGGAUUGGGGAAACGGAGGGCGUGGAGAAGUAGUUAGGUAUAUCGGUUUCUUGGCGGGCAUCACAUGUGGUGCCCUCGUCGACCAUGACAGAGAGGCCCAACUAAAGAAUUCAGGCAAGGAGACCCAGGGCGGGGUCAUGGAUACAGGCAGAUGUUGCGAUGCUGCAGGGUGCUAAUUAUUACCAAUAAGACAGGGGCCCAUGUGGCGCUGGUUUAGACUGUCCACUUGUUGCUUCCAAUUACACUCUACUCAGUAACAGCAAAAUAAGAAUAAACCUUUCCUGUCUUUUGUCAUGGACCCGUGAAAAGACAGCAUGAGCCCUUUGAAUUUUGAGGAAUAGCCUUUGCUAUACAG